AUGGAUGGUAUACUGCACGAUGCGCGCAACACCCGAUGUUGCCUUAUGGGGCCUAACCCUAAUAACCGGCCCAUCGUUAAAUGUUCUGAGACUCACAAUGUCUGGCACGAAUUCAAGGCUGACCCGACCCAUGAAGUGUACAACAUCGACUUGGACGAGAAUCUUCUUUAUAUUGAAGAUGUACCGUUCUAUCACCUCCAUGAUAUCCCGCCACUCGAUAUCUUCCUCGCGUCCAUAGGCUCCGACCAUUAUGGCCGUCGCGUGUGCAUGCCUGAUACCCCGGCGGAGUACACUUUGAAGUACGAGAAACCCGUCUUCAUGAUCGAGCAGCAUCUUUUGGACACGUACCUUCGCUUGACAACCGGUAGUAACACCGCUUCUGUCUUGGACCUUCACGAGCUACUUCGCAUCUCACCAGAGAUUUGUCGCCGUGAAGCUAUACGUAUACGUCUUCUGGAGGUCGUCGUUGGCCACGAGAUGAGCAACGACAGCGCUGAGAUGCGUAGACUACCUUUUGCCACCGACGUAUCUGAACUCGGUGGAUCUGUUAUUCGACGUCUGCGCACGAUCAUUCUCAGUGCCCUAUGGCCAGCUACCUAUGGCCUUCCUGUCCAGAGUGAAGUGGAAGGCAAUUGGUUCCGUGACAAUAUCUAUCUUUAUCUUUCGACGAAUCUCGACGACGAAUCCGUACUCCAUGCGAGUGCCACGAAGGUCUCAGAGGAGGUCAUGAGGGAGAGGCCAAAUGUUGGCAUCGUAUACGGCAUUUUGUUUUCCGGAUGCCACAUCGCUAUUGUCCGCAUAGAUCGAACAGCGGGCGGCUCGCUCACACACACUUGGGCAUUCCCCUUCCUACCAUCCGCCUUCACCACGUCUCCAUCCACAGAGGGUAUUACAGCACUCGCCCGUCUUGCGUACCUCCCAGACCCCAAUGCCGUUGAACGAACCAUGAUGUCCUUGGACGGCAGCAAUCCCUUCACUUCCUCUUCCAAACCAUCGUUCCCUCUCUUUCCUGACGGUGGCCUCUUCGAAAAACUACCCCUAGAGAUGCUAUGGUCAAUCACGGGUAUGCUCACCGACGUACAUGAUGUGUGCACCUUCGCGUCCAUCUGCCCUCGCACGAUGGCAGCUUGUGCGGACGCUCUUCGCAAACCCAUCAUUCACGACUGGCGCAUCACAGACCUCGCUUCCGCAGACGUUGAGCGGCGCAUUGUAACAACCUCCAAAUCGUGGAAGGACGGAACUUAUAGGCAUCUCCGUUACUGCCGUGAGGCACUUUGUAGCGCUAUUUUCACGGUGCAGUCGACCACGGAGAGCGCGACUUUUGAGAUGCCGAUAGGGCGUGAUGCAGGGCGCUACAGGCACAAAGAGGUACUGAAGGGAGGAGAUUUCGUGAUGAUGCCUUGUUUGAAAGAGUACCGGGAUGGAGUCUAUGUGUUGGAUUACCAGGUUGUGAUGCCGGCCGGCGACGAAAAGGAGGAGGCCGUGGAGUGA